GCAGGCGAACUGAAGACCAAACCACGUAUCAAACUAAUGGCUGUAACCUAAUCUGUUCUAUAUCAGUCUGUAUACGCAUGAUACGGCUCAAUCAGACAAUCGCCACAUAAUAACAUCUUCUUGGGCGGAAAACAAAUACUUUUCUUUCAGCUCCAAACAAAGAUGCCGAAGUCAAAAUCGGAGGACGGGGCGUUUAGCCGAAUUUACAAAAAAACUGAAUUCGAUGAGCUUCUGAUUAAACUUGGCGGAUGGUCAAGAUUUCAGCAAAUUCAGUGGGUGCUUAUUUUCCUUGCCACAAUUCCACAGGCUUGGUAUACAUACGCUCCAGCAUUUGCUGCCCGUAAGCCAAAAGAAGGUGACCUCUAUUGCCUAAACAACACAGACAUUCGAGGAGAGGAUUUUUGUGCGGCUUGGGAAAACAAUACAGUUUGUCAGAAAGUUGGAUAUGACGUGACAUUUUCUUCGAUCGUUACCGAGUGGGACAUUUUAUGCGAUGAUGCCAAAAAGUACGUUCCACUUACAAAGACUAUCUUCUAUGCGGGUAAGCUGUUCGGGGCUUAUUUCUUCGGCUGGGUGUCUGACAGAUUUGGACGCCGUACAACUUUCCUUAUCACCAUGCUCGUGCAGUUUAUCGCCUCCUUGAUUGAGAGUUUCUCCACGAACUUCAUCAUGUACGUCAUCCUGCGGGUUCCCCUUGGGGUCUGCAGUGGAGGCUGUCUGAUUGCGGGCUUUUUGCUGAUGACUGAGAUGGCCACACCUGAGUGGAGGCGUUGGGCUAACUGUUUAUCUCAAGGAGCUUAUGGAGUUGGGAUUGCUGUGCAAGCUUUGAUUGCGUAUUAUGUCCGAGGCUGGAAAGCGUUCAGUUUGGUGAUAACGCUUCUGAAUUUACCUUUCGUUGCUUUAUACUGGCUAAUUCCUGAGUCUCCUCGUUGGCUUUCCGCUAGAGGAAGAGUCGAAGAAGCAGAAGAGAUCUUGCGUAAGAUCGCGAAGAAGAAUGGAUACGAGUAUCCUGAGGGAGCAAUAAGCAACAUGCAAGAUCAAAGCAAGAAGAAAGAACAAACGAUGACAUAUCACUUCUGGCAUCUGUUUAGCACCCGAUACUUGGUGAUAAUCACUGUGGUUGAAGGGUGGUCUUGGUGUGUGACCAGCAUGGUGUAUUACGGGCUCAGCUUCAACGCAGGAAAAUUGGCAGGAAAUUUCUACUUGAACUUUGCUGCAUCAGGAUUGGUGGAAAUUCCCGCGUAUCUUCUUGCCACAAUUCUGGUCGAGAGGGUGAAUCGUCGCUUUCCUUUGGUGGUGUACUACAUUAUUGGAGGAAUCUCUCUCAUCGGUGUUUUCAUCAUCCUCGUUGCAGGGAAAGAAGAUGAUCUGCCCAGCCUUAUCAGUGUCCUGUCCAUGAUCGGAAAGUUUACCAUCUCCGCCGCGUAUUAUCAGAUAUACAUACACACAGCCGAGCUGUAUCCCACAGUCAUAAGAACAAUCGGCGUGGGAUUUGCAUCACUGUGCGCGAGAAUUGGAGGAAUGGCAGCUCCGUUUCUUGCGGACAGCACAGGUUUCGAAGUGGCUGCGAUCGUGUUCGGUGUGACGACAUUUUCGGCUGGUGUCGUCACCAUGAUGUUACCGGAGACUCGCGGAAAGCCUCUUCCGGAUUUUGUCGGAAAAUCAAGUUCCGAGGAAGAGAUGGUCAUACUCGAAGAGUGCGCAGAAGAAGCGCCCCCUGAUUACACAUCUACUGUGUAGAGUUGUAGGUUUGUGAGGUUGGGUUUGGUAGUGGCGACGGAAGUUUUUGUAGAGGGGGAGGGGGGCGAAUCAGAGUCGGAUCCACGCUUUCUUGAUAGGAGACUUAAACUUAAGCCUUAAUAAGGUUAGCAAUAUUUCAAGAAAAGUAGAUUUUAAAUAUUUCACACCGAGUAGUUACAUGCGAUCCUGUCGUUGCAAGAAUUUUGGUGUCGGAAAGAUUGUAGAAAAAAAGCAGAGGUCUUAUGAGGAUGGAGUUCGGAACCCACCGGACCUUCUCCGUGGGCCCGCAGAAUAUAUUUGGAAAGUUUAAGAGAAGAAAGGAUCCGGAUUUGAACGAAAAUAACGUCGAAUCGAUGGAUCUCAGAAGGGAAAAAUGUAACAGAGUGUUGGGAAUAGCUAGUUUCAUAAGUCUUUUAUCAAGGCCUAUUGAUAUUAAUGAUUUCAAAACGCAUUACUCAAGUGUUUUUCCAAUAUUAUAUGUCGUAGAAGUAACUAAGAGAUUUUAACUGUUGAAUUUUCCAGGUUCUUUUUUUUAUCAUGAGUCUUUAUAGUCAAGGUUAUCGCAAACAAUAAAG